AUGUCACAAAUGUCAUCUCGAAUCACUCGAAACUUACAUAAAUUCGGAGGUUUAUCUUCAGCUGUUAUUGAAGCUUGUUUUAGUUUCGAACCGGCACCUCCGAUUCAUGGAGAAGAGGAUGGUGGAAUAGAAGAUGAUGAAGCGUUUUUGUAUAGACGAAGACCUUCGGAUGGUGCACAAACGAUUCGAGGAGGUGAUGAGAAUGAAGCCAGUCAAAGUCAAGCUGAGCCAGAUGAUCGGUAUGCAACCUUGAAAGGCAACUCGAAAUUCACAAGUAAACGUCGAUCUCGUAAGAUAUUAGAAGGUGAACUUGAGGCUGGACCGGCUCCUAGAAAAUCCAAUCGAAGAUCCAUGAAACGAUCUCAUAGUCAACCAGGAGCUCGUGGUUCAAGAAAAACUCAAGACAUCAACAUUAGUCCUAAGCAAAACCUUAAUAUGACACCACUCGAGCGAUUGUUUUUGCCUGAAGGAUAUCUUUCAUUGAUUGGAACGCCAAGUCCAGGACGGAAUGUGAAACCAACCAAUGUUUCCCAAGACACAAGAUCAUCAUCAAUUUCUACCAUCUCUUCAAGUUCUUCAUCUGAUACUGAUACAGGAGUAUCACGUUCAGGACGGAAAAGGGAUUCUAAACCGUUAAGUCCGUAUAGAAGAUCUACACCAGCUUAUUCGAAAAGACCAGAAGGCAUGAAUGAGAAUUUGAUUACACCCUUUGAAGCCUUAAAACGAUCGAUUUCGACUUCAUCAGUUAACUCGGUUCAUAGUCAUCAACGAUUAAAAGCCACUAAUCGUAGUAGUACAAGACCAGCUUCGAUUAUUCAAAAUGAUGAAGAAUUCGAAAGACAAGAUAGAUCGUAUUUAGAACAUCAUGAUCAUCAUCGUGAAAGCAGUUUAAGAAGUUCAUUAGAACAACUUUCGAUGGUUAAAGAGAUUGAAGAAAAGAUUGAACGUGCGAACGGGUUGAGGGAUAAAAAGAUUCAAAGAUUGGUCGAAAGUCAAGUUCGAAUUGAAAGUUUAUUAAAUGAAUUGAUUCAAGUUUCGAAACAACCUCAAGAUUAAUUCAUUCAAAGUUUUUUUUCAAAGGUUUUUGAACUUUUUGUAAUCAAGUUUGGAAGUUAGGAAGAAGAAGAUGGAGAAAAAGAAGGGUUGGGUUGAAAAGUUUAAAUUAACAUUUACACUUUUAACAUUGAUUUCAAUCAAUAAUAGAUUAAGUAAUAUAGAACAAACCAAACCAAAAAAUCUCUUUUUUGUUCUCAAAAAGAAAAAACAAUGUAUAAAGUUAAGUAGUCAAGUAAAGAAAUCGACAUGGUUAGUUUUCUUUUCAUCUUUACAUAUAUGUCUGUGUGUUUUUAAGUUAAAGUUUAUCAUGAACCCUUUUUUUCCUAUGUUUUUGUGUCCUGUUUUUGGUUUGCAAUAUCAGCAUGUUUAAAGAAAAAUCGUUGAGAAUUUUGAUUUUAGUGAUUUGUUUUAGAGUAUUAUAAUGAUACGAAUUGUGAAUGUGAAUGAAAUGAAAGAUUUUGUGUAUAAUUAAAUUUAGUUAAGAAACAUACAAUGUCAGAGUAUUUUUCAGUGUUU